AUGAAGUGCUCGAGGUUUAUAUUCCAGAAGAGAUUCGAGGGGCUACCCAAGAAGUCGGACUUCAAGUUGGUUGAAGAAAAACUGCCACAGAUGAAAGACGGAGAUGUUCUAUUUGAAGCUCUUUACCUGAGUGUUGAUCCUUAUUUCAGGUUUAGAUGUAAGUCUUUACCAACUGGGAUAACUAUGAUUGGUUCUCAAGUAGCAAGAGUAGUAGAAAGCCGGCAUGCAGAUUAUAAAGUUGGUGAUAAUGUUGUUGGUGACUUUGGAUGGAGAACCAAGACUAUUGUUAACCCUGAUACUGUUAAAGGUCCGUUUGACAAUAUAUCUAAGCCAUAUGUCUUACCAGAUUUUGGAUUUGUUCCACUUUCAACUGCUCUAGGUGUACUUGGGGUGAAUGGGAAUACGGCAUGGUUUGGAUUUUGGGAAAUUCUGAAUCCUAAACCUCAUGAAACACUUGUUGUGACAACAGCAGCAGGAGCAGUCGGGUCAUUGGUAGUGCAGUAUGGGAAAAUGCUAGGAAUGAAUGUCAUUGGUUUUACUGGUUCUGAUAAAAAAGUUAAAUGGUUGAAGGAUGAGCUGAAAAUUAACCAUGUUUUUAAUUACAAAACUACUGACAUAGAAGAGGCGUUAAAUCUAGCAGCUCCGAAUGGUGUUGAUUGCUACUUUGAUAAUGUUGGUGGAAAUAUGAGCAGCAUUAUUUAUAAAUCGAUGAAUAAGUUUGGAAGAGUUUCAGUAUGUGGUUCUAUAUCAUCGUACAAUGAAGAUAUCGAGAAGCCUAAUCUUGCUCCAGCUGUCCAAGAGACAAUACUUGUAAAAGAAUUGAAGCUUGAAGGGUUCAUUGUCCUCAGAUGGUUAGACCGUUGGUUUCAAGGUAUUCAAAGGAAUUUGGAACUCAUCAAGGAGGGGAAAAUUGUAUAUAAAGAAGCAGUUUUCAAAGGUUUCGAUAAAAUGGAUGAAACAUUUAUUGGCCUCUUUAAAGGAGAUAAUUUUGGCAAAGCUGUUGUUGAGGUUUGA